UUUCCUCUCGUCCUCUCUGAGCCAUAAAAACCCAACAAUGUCCAAUUCUUCACAAGGAAGAAAACAGAGAGGAACGCCAUGGACAGAGAGCAGCAAGAGUUACAGUUUCUGGGCUUCUUUGGAAUCUUCAAACACUCCUUCAAGAUCGUCUUCUCAUGGAGAAAAAUCUUCAGUCAAAUCACUCUGACUCUAAUCCUCCCACUCUCCUUCGUCUUCCUCUUUCACUUCCAAGUCUCACAUCUCCUCUUCCACAAGGUAAUCGAAGACCAACACGACCUCAAUCGUCAUUCGAAUACAACCACCAGCCGUGAAAAGCUCUCUCACAUGGUUUCCGCCGACUGGGCUGGAUUUUGGCUCUUCAAAGCCGCCUAUUUAACUGUAUUUCUCAUACUCUCUCUGCUCUCAACCGCUGCAGUUGUUUACACCAUCGCCUGCAUUUACACUGCCAAGCAAAUCACCUUCAAGAAAGUCAUGAGCGUGGUCCCCAGGGUCUGGAAGCGACUCGUGAUUACAUUCAUAUGGAGUUUCGCAGUCGCUCUGGUUUACAACCUUGUUGCAGUUGGGGUUUUCGUUUUGUGGGCUGUUGCUUUGGGGUUUUCUCCGAUUGGGAUUACGAUCUUUGUCGUCCUCUUGAUCUUGUACAUUGCAGGUUUCUUGUAUAUCAAAAUCGUGUGGAAUCUAGCGAGCGUGGUUUCGGUGUUGGAGGACAUUUAUGGGUGGAAAGCCAUGGUGAAGAGCAGGUGUUUGAUAAAAGGCAAGCUGCGUGUUUCAAUUGGUUUGUUCAUUGUGAUUGGCUUAUGUUAUGGGGUGAUUCAAGUGGUGUUCGAGAACUUUGUGGUUUUUGGGGUUGCGCCUAGUUUGGCAAUUUGGCUGGUGAUUGGACUCAUCUGCUUCUUGUUUCUACUCAAGGUUAUGUUGCUUGAGCUUGUGAUCCAAACAGUGCUCUACUUUGUCUGCAAGUCUUAUCACCAUGAAAGCAUUGAUAUGUCCGCCUUAUCUGAUCAUCUAGAGGUUUUUCUUGGAAACUACGUCCCUCUGAGGGCCAAGAAUGUGCAGUUGGAAGAAUGUCAUGUGUAGAUCGUCUCAUGCUCUCAAUGCAGACAAAUAUAUGAACUUAUGAAGACUUCUGUAUGUAUUUUAUGAAUAUAUAUAUGGAAUCUAUGCUUGUUUCAAUCUCUAUAAAUAAAAAAAAAAAAAAAAGACUCUGCUUUGUUUCUUUUCCAUUGUUUUUUGGCAUUUUACAUUGUAAAUGUCGCGUUUGACCAAAAAAACAUUGUUGGUGUGGAAGCGAUUUUUGCAUCCAAUGUAUUGUAUUUACAUUUCAGGAAAUUAUACCUCUA